AUGACGGUCCCAGAAAUUGACGGUCUCCAAAUCGUGGUCGAUGCCGAGGGCCAGGGUCGCGAGACGGAGCGCGGCGAUACCGUGGAUGUCCAUUACACUGGUUUCCUCGGCGUUGGCGAGGGCAACACCGAGAAGGGCAAGCAGUUCGACUCGAGUAUACCCCGCAAGAGGCCUCUGAAGUUCACCGUCGGUACCGGCCAGGUUAUCAAGGGCUGGGAUGAGGGCCUACUGGGCAUGAAGAAGGGCGAGAAGCGCACCCUCUACAUCUCCCCCUUCCUCGGGUACGGCAACAAGGAUGUCGGCGAAGGCCUCAUCCCCCCCAACUCGACUCUCAUCUUCGAGACGGAGCUGGUGGGCAUUGAGGGCGAGUAA